UUAAUGUCACAUACAUUGUAGAUAUCAUGGAACAUAGAUGAUAGGUUUCCCAAAUCAAUGUCUCAUGAUUGAAUGUUCAAUGUUUUCCUUCCUCAGAUGAGGUCCUACCUGUGUGUAGCUCUCACUGUUCUGGUCCUGGCCGCGGACCACACCCUUGCUAGUGACACACCCCCGGACAAAGCAGGAACCCCCCCAAUGAUGACUUUACUCAAGGUUUCCAAGGAAAAAAUCAUAGAAAACCGAACCACAAACCUUGAUGAAGAACCUGCCCCUUCAGCUCAGAAUAAGACCACUGCUGUAAGACCACUGCUUGUUGAUUUCAAUGAGGCUAAAACUUCCGACAUCGUCCCUCCAUUCACCUUCGAUGACAACCCCAACCUUGAGUGGCAGAGGUUUAACGGGUCUCCUCCAAGUGGAACAGUGGGCAUCUGGAACAGCUACACCGAUCGGCACGAUUACGUGUGCAGAACAUUGGAUGGCUGUGAGACUGGAUUCUACCACAGCGGAUAUGGUGAUUAUUGCUUCUUCGCACGCUACCCUAAGUUGGGGCGCACCAAUGGUUUUUUCAUCCUUGUAAACAAAGAUGAAUUUGUUAAUCUGGAGUGGAAAUCGGGAUCCUAUGGGUCUGUUCCUGCAAACUCAGUCAGAACAUGUAUAAAGUCAGAGAAGGAUUAUGUUGGAAAAAACAAGUAUGGUUUAGGAUUGGUUUCUGCUGGAGAUUCAUUCUAUUUACCUUGGUUGGACUUGAUUUCUGGUGAUACACUCAAUGGGUACACUACAUGGUACAGAAGAUCUUACCAGGUUUUGACAAUAAAUACUGAUGAAUAUGAGCAGGUGAUCCAAGAUGUAGAGUAUGACAUUGAUCAAAGUAGCAUCAUAAAAACUCCCCCAUUCGCUGUUGAUGAACACACUGUAAACAACAAAGAAUCUGCAACCCAAACUCAAACAAACACCUGGGAAUUCACUUCCUCCAUGACCCUUGCAACCAGCACCACUGUUACUGUAGGGAUACCUGAAAUAGUCAGUGCUAGCGUCACCAUUGGUGUGGAGCAGACUUUUCAGACGACUGAUCAAAUAUCCAUAUCUGAAUCUCAAACCACUAGCCUCCAGGUGCAAAUCACUGUGCCCCCAAACAAGAAGUGCACUAUUAAGUUGCAAGCCAGGAGAUUCACAUCAGCCAUACCCUUUAAGGCUCUCAUUGGCCGUACCUACAGCAGUGGUGACACAAAGUGGACCACCAUCAGCGGUACUUAUGAAGGAGUUCAGGUGUCUGAUUAUGACGCUGUCAUAGAGCACUGUGAGCCCCUGGCCGACCCCUUGCCUUGUGGGAAAUAG